AGACGACGAGACAUAAGGCGAUCGGGGAGGCAAGAGAAGCGCUGUCGAGAACCGGUGGCUCGAGCGGAAGAGAGGUGGAGACGAGAUCGGUGCAUUGGAGCUUGUUCUCGGGAGGCGAAGCGAAGCUUUUUGGAUCGAGCCAUCCGAUAGCCGGUGAGUGGGAAAGAGACGAUGGAGAUGGCGGCGCGGAAGCAGGGGAAGACCAACUUCGCCGUCACCUGUAGCCUCCUCAGCCGUUACAUCAAGGAGAAGGGGAGCGUCGCCGAGUUAGGGAUCGAGAUGGGCCAACGACCCGAAUACGCCGCCAAAGGCAAAUCGCAAGCGUUUCGGCCGCCGCCGACCACCAUGAGCCUGUUGCCGGGAGCGGACGGCGAGAAGGAGGAAGACGUUUCCUCCGCCGGAAACGCCAUGGAGCUGUUUCCACAGCGGGCUGGCUUCGUCCCCUCUCUCGCGGCUGUGGCCGAAGAUGCCAGUAAACAAGAAAGGAACCAACUCACAAUCUUCUAUGGAGGGAAGGUGAUGGUGUUCGACAAUUUUCCAGCUAAGAAAGCCAAGGAUCUGUUGCAGCUAGCAAGCAAGGGGAGCUCAACUGCACAGAAAUCUGGCCAUCUAUCAAGAACAGUACAGCCUAAUCUAUCUUACCUUCCUAUCGCUCGAAAUGCGUCGCUCCAGCGAUUCCUCGAGAAGAGAAAAGAUCGGAUCAGUGCGAGAGCACCAUAUCACGUUACUGCCUCUCCUGAAAUGGUGAAUCCUGUGAAGCAAGAGAAGAGCGGAUCAUGGCUUGGCUUGGGUCCUCAAUUCUCAUUUCCCAGCCUCAGUCUGAGCUCUGAGGACACCAGAUAGGAUCACCCGUAAGGCUCAGGAAUCUCAGAUGAUGUCAAGUCUUGAUUACUUCUUUUUCUAGAAUACUUCUUCGUGGUACUGUAAAAAAUGUGUUCGAUGUCACCGAUGACUUAGGUUUCAGAUUCUUCCUUGUUAACAGACUGUGUCUCAUACUGUUGCCUUAUAGGAAUCAAAGGAACAUACAUGUACCUAUUAUCAUGAUAAAUUCAAUACAAAUUUUGUUUGCAGAA